AUGUUCGGUAAGUUAUUUCGUCGGCGAAUUAAUCGAAUUGCACCAAUCGCCAGUCGAGUUCACGAGCGUCAUCUCGAGCUGGAGCCACUCUGUUGCUUAUCGUCAUGUCUUGUAAGGGAAGCUUCCACAGCUAUCGCAGUUCUCGAAAUUGCGUAUGCGAUCAUCACAGUCACUCUCAGCUUCAUUCAAAUAUAUCGUGGUGGCGAUUUUAUAUUUUGGGCACCAAUUAGCGGCAAUCUUGAUGCAAUUAUCAGCCAUCAAAUUUUUUUAUACCCUCUACUGACAUUCGACCUGAUUUCGGUAACAAUGGCAAUUCUCCUUCUACGAGCAUUGUCAACAUACAACAAGAAACAUAUCCGAAUUCAUUACUAUUUCGAUUUCUUUGCGUUAGCAUUUAAUAUUAUCGGAUUUCUAAUCUAUUUAGGCAUUUUAUUUCGAACAAAAUCUCAGAGUUCGAAGGCCAUUAAUUUCUUUCUUUUUAUUAUAUUUGCAACGCAAAUCCCUUUCCAAAUUUGGGCGAUAACCGUCGUAAAAACUUGCUACGAAUUUUUCAUUCUCAUUCAUGUUCUCAUUGAAAUUGCUAAAUAA